GAUUAAGUUCUUAAUUCUGGAGACUACCUUUCUGUGUAAAUGCAGCCAAGUUGGUUCCUGUUUUUCUCAGGUUGUUAUUUAGGCUUUUUUUUCCUCCAUCCUUGCAGGAAGUCCGAGCUAAAAUAAGGCUGCAGCCAUUAGGGCCGUAAUUGCCAUGUGGAGAGCCAGCACUCCUGCUGUGUUUCUAGGGUGGGGAUAGAUUUGUGCCUCCCCUUCAGCCAUUCAUGUGUGCCCGGACAAGUGGCAGAGAGUGACGUGCUCCUCUCCCACCAGGGCCAGCUCUGAUUUAUGCCAGGAAGCCUUUUCCAGCCAUGCUGAAGCAGAUCCUGUCAGACAUGUAUGUGGACCCAGAGCUCCUGGCUGAGCUCAGCGAGGAGCAGAAGCAAAUCUUGUUCUUCAAGAUGAGGCAGGAGCAGGUCAGAAGGUGGAAAGAAAGAGAAGCAGUGGCUACUGCCUUGAAGCCAGCCCUGAAAAAAGACCAUGGAAAAUCUGUACAGUGGAAGCUUGGUGCAGAUGGUGAUGUCUGGGUAUGGGUAAUGGGCGAACACAUACUGGAUAAACCGUAUGACUUUCUGUGUGGUGAAAUUCUUGCUGAAAGAGUGAGGCAGCAGUCACUUCAGCAAGUAGAGGCAAUAAGGUUAGUAUAGCCUUCCAAAUACUGAAAAUAAUACACCCAAUCUGGCUUUGUUAUUACCAAAAGGGAUUUCUUUGGGGCAGGUCCU